UCUUAACAUUCGGAUGUGAUUUUUGGAAUAUUUGUUUUUAAAAAAUUGAAUUGAGGACUUUUGGUUUCAAAAAUGAGUGAUGAAAGUUCAAGUUCAGACAGCGACAUGAAAGUUGAAAGUAUUGACGGAGAUUUUGUGCCUAAAUGUAAGCCGGAGAGUGAUAUUUCACAUGACUGCUUUGAAAGCAAAUCAAUCGAACCAAUAAUCAUACCAGAAAUCAGACAUCCAGAAGAAUUUCAGAAGAAAUCACAGCUUUGUAAAAUUUUGGAAAUUCACAAAGGAAAUUGUCAAAAUCAUCAAGAAUUGACAGACUUUCUUAAAGCAUUGUCGGAGCUUCACGUGCGUAAAGAUGUUAUAGCAGCUUCUAUUCAGUUUGAAGAUGAUUUUGGAAACUUUGGUAUGAAUGAGAUGGAAAAAUUGCCAGAUUUAUUCAAAAAUCAAUCGAUUGUGAUUCAUUUGGCAUCGAAAAUAAGCUUCAAUUCGUCAAUUUAUUGGAAGUCGAAGGAACUGAAUUUCUUCCUGAUGUUAAAAUCAUCUGAGGAAGCCAAUCUAGGCGUUGACGAAGAAUUUUACAAAUUUAUAGCAGAAUUCUUAGCAAGAAGCUUAAAAGUAGGUCAUUUAGGUCUCAGCACUUCAUGCCAGCUCACAGCAAACAGAAACAUCAUCGACAUCAAAGACAUCGUUGACGCUAGAAACUUCAACUUACUCUUCCUAGCUUGUGAGGCAGGAAAGCUCAAUAUUGCUGUGUAUCUAUGCAAGCUUGGUAUUAGCUUUAAAGUCACUGAUCAGAACAUUACAGCACAAGAUUUAGCCCUCAAAAAUGGCCAUUAUGACUUAAUCCAAGCAUUGUACGAAGAAAACUUACCACUUCCAAUACCGUCAUCAGACAUGGAUAUGGAUUUAUAUCCUGAAAAAUUCAUUGACUUUAUAAUGCUCCUUGAAGACUUCUUUCGUGCGAUUGAAGUUGACGACCUGGAAAAAGUUAAAGAAGUCUACAAAAAUCUCCCAAAAACUCGUCACAUCUUCAAUUUCUCAGGACAAUCAGCCAUACAAUUUGCAGUAGUCAACAAAGCAUUAAAGUCUUAUGAGUUCCUGUUAACCCACAAACACACAUUUGCACCAAACGAAGAUCCAGAAGAUUUCUACGAAGAACUAGAAUAUCCAGAACAAUUUACAAUCCGAGAAAUCCACAACCGACAUGCACAAGAGUCACCGAAGAAUCACAUCAACGUGCUAAUGACUAAAUCUUACAUUGUUCAUGAUGUCCCAGAUGUGGAACAGAAGCUGAAGAUUGUUCGUCGAGCUUAUAGGAUCCUCAACAGGAAUGUGUACAUUAGAAUCAUUCUGAUGAUUGUGGCUGCAUCGAAGAACUUUAAAAUUAUUUUUGACUUCCAUCGGGAAUCGAUUAAUGUUGCUGAUCCGACUGUUGGGUCGAAUAUUCAAGGCAUGUUCUACACAUCCGGCAGAAUCUACAUCGGAGCCAAGCAACUCCUCGACGAUGUCAGAUCUCAUGAAACCUUAGCAAUAAUCGCUCAUGAGCUGUGUCACUUUGCCAUCAAUCUCGUCUAUGGAAACAACGCAAAACCUUACAAAUCUAACGACAAUCAGUCAAUGCAAGAGUUUGAGGAGAUAUCAGAUCAUUGUAAAGCAAACUAUGCCAAAGAAGAGAUCAUCAAAAUGGUCUACGAGUUCUAUCCAUCAGAUGUGUAUCAUGCUGAACUAAUAGUCAGAGUUGUGCAUUUAAUGGCUUUUUACUAUAACGAACCACAAAAGUUGAAGGAAGUUCGUGAAGAUUUUGAUCCCUUGUUUGACUUUUUUGAGCUUAAGGUUGUUCCUGAGUUGAAGGAAGCACUGCCAGAGAUUGAAAAGAGAGUCGACCAAGAAACUAAAAUUAAGGAUCAAAAAAUUGUAAAAUUUAGAAAAUUUUCCGUUAUUACUGGAUUGUUGGCACUGUUUGGGGUUCUUGGUGCUGCUUUGAUUGGGGUUCUGUUUUACAUUCCUGAUUAUAAGUUUGAGUUGUUGUCUGAGGUUGAUCAGAGUGUUGUUAUGAAUGCUAAGGUUGUUUAUAAAGAUGUUGAGGUUAGGUUUGAUCAGUUGUUUCCUAAAGGUUCGAUUGCUUAUGAAAGAUUGACUUCUGAGCAUAUUUAUAAGGUACUGAAGGGUUCUAAGCUUGAUUUUUGUGAUCCACAUUUUCAUUAUUUAGAUGAAUUAGUUGUUCAUUCUUGGAGAGACAUGGCAGUCAAUUUGCAAGAUAAAGUGCUGUCUUCUGACUUGAUAUUCCAAAAUCAGAGCAUUAAGUUUGAAGAUUUACAUGAAUUGGCGCCAAAAUCUUUCAAUUUUCUAACCUCAAAUGAAAUUAUUCAAAUUUUGAAUGGAAAUGAAGUUAAAGUUGGCAAAAUGAUUAAAAAUCGGACUGAAUUUUAUCUUGAAAGAAUUUUUUGGAAUGAAUACCUGCUGGACAUCUACAAGAUUUACACAAAACAGACUCAAAACUACCUCGACUGGGAGGAUGAGGGGAAGUUUAGGCAAUUUUUCAAUGACUUUACAACACAAAAUUUGACUGAUUAUUUCCAUAAAAUUGACAAUCACAAGAAGUUUAAUCAAAUCAAGCUAUUCUUCGCAGUUAGAACUGACAAUAGCUUUAAUGUCCUUCAGACCUUCAAAUCCUUUCAUGAAAAUUUUGAAAUUGUCUUUAAAAAUUCACAAAAAUCUAAAAUCUUCAUUUUAUCAUCAGAAGCUGGAACUGGAAAAACGAUCAAUUUCGAGCAAUUUGCUAUGAAGAUUAAAAGGAAGUUUAGGACUAAAUGGGUGACUUAUGUUGAUUUAAAGGACUAUACUAAGUUGUAUACUGAAGAUAGACUUACCAAGGAUGUCCAGAAGCUAGUAAAGACAGGCAAUUAUACUCAAUCUAUAGAUCCACAAGAAUUUUUGUCAAAAAUCCUAAACCUAACCUCAAAAUCAGAUUUUGAACAUCAACUCUUCAAAGAAUUAUACAAUUCAGGUCAAGUUGUGCUCCUCUGGAAUGGAUUUGAUGAAAUUUCACCAACUUACAAUAAAUUCAUCCUCAACUUACUAGCUGCCAUCCAUAAAACAACCACAAACAUCCAAUUCAUCUGCACUAGACCUCUCUACUCUAGACAAUUAGCUGAGCACCUCAACAUCCUCCCAUACACGAUAGUUCCAUUCACAAUUGAUCAACAGACUGACUUCCUCAAUAAAUUCUUUAUAUCCAAAAAGAUCAAGCUUAAUAACCUUCAAAACUUCACGAAAAAAGCCCAAAAAAUCAUCGAAACCAUCAAAGCUAAAACGUCAAUAGUCAAAGUAUCUCAAGAUUUCAACACCCCCCUUAUGCUGGAAAUGAUUGCAGACUUAAUCACCUCAAACUCACAAAUCUACAAUUCAGAAAAUCUCUACGAAAUUUAUGAAAAUUUCAUAAAAAAGAAAAUUGAAAUUUGGCGCAAAAAGAGUGAGUUCGCAGCUGAAUUUCUUGGUAAAUCCAUCAUAGAGCACCACAACUUUGACAUGAUUAAAAUGUACCAAAUGUUUGCACUCAAAAAGGAACUAAAGUCCAUCAGUCCAUUGACUCAAAUUGUUGCUGGAAAAUUACGAAUUAUGAGGCAAAAGAUGCCAAAGAACUUGACUAGCGAGGAAAUAUCCAGGAUGGGAAUUUUGUACGUUAACGGUAAAAAUGAAUUUGAAUUUUCUCAUAAAACUUUUGCUGAAUUUUUUGUUGCUCAAUUUUUUAUUGAGAAUAUUUUGAAUGCUGACAAUGUUGAUGCUGAGGAUGUUGUUAUGAUUUUGCAUAGCUUUGAGUAUUUUACUGAGUUUUAUGGACUGGAUCAGGUUAUGGUGACCAAUUUUAUGUUUUCAUAUCUGGAGGGGAGGGGUGGGGUGCUGGUGAAUAGUGGGAGUCAGGAAUCUAGAAGGAUUGUAGGUCAAAAAUCAGUCAGCCGCAAGAAUCAAGAGUCUAAGAUAAUUGAGAGUCAAGAAUUGAUAAAUAUCAAGGAUCUAGAGUCUCUGGGCAGCAAAGGUUUACAUCCAAGAAGUAGUUGGAGUCAAGAAUCUAAAGAUAAUGACAGAUUUGAACCUAAAAUCAGAGAAAUUUUAAGAACUAAAUUUGCAAGAAUCUUUUUCAAUCUUUUAAGGAACAAAAGGAUUGAAAACUUUAGAUUUUUGUUUGAAUUCUUCAAAAAAGAUCAAAACUUACUUAAACAGCUGCUCAAAGUUGAUGAGAAUGAAACAAUCUACACAGCAGCAUUCAAUUGCGCUUACUUUCCCGACCAAAUUGACUCAUUUAAUAGAGAAAGUUUGAAGGAAUUUGGGAAGAUUUACUUGAAUGAUGAAGAUUAUGAAAGGUUUGUCAAAGGCAGGGAUCAGAAGGGUGUCAUCUUGUAUAGCUUGUAUGUAUUUUAUAGACAAGAUGUUGGGAAGAUUGGUCAGCGAAAGGUUUAUCAUGAAAACUAUGAUUUAGGCUUAAAUCUCCUUGAAAAUGACGAUAAAAUGCAAGUUUUUGAACAAAUUGUCAAAAAUCUAACUCGAGGUGAAGUCACGGAACUCUUAGUAUCCUCAUCUAGUCCUAUAAACUACAAAGACUUUGAAUUAAUUAACAAUUCUAAAUUUUGGAAUAUUUCUCAAUCUGUGCUGUCAGUUGAAGACCAGAAAGUCUUAAUUUCUAAUCUUUUCUAUGGAAUCUCAAGGUUUAAUGAUCCUGAACCAUAUCUUCCUUACCUUUUCGCUAAUUCCUUAGAUAUCCUAUCAAAUCUUGAGAUCCACAACAUCUUCAAAUCCAGAAACAUUCUUCACAGAGGAAUUUUAAGUUUUGACUCAUUUUGGAGCUUUUUUGUGAAUCAAACCACUGAAAAUCAGCAAAAAGAUAUUCUAACCUCAAAGAUUGUUGGAGAGUGUUAUUACUACUACCUUUAUUCUCCCAACCAGAAGUGCUUCUUCUAUCCUCCAUUCAAUAUCUUCCAUAUUUCUCUACUUAUUCAGCAUCCCAACAACCUAGAAACUCUAAAAACCUUCAAUUCAGUCAAAGAAACUUAUGAAAAAUAUUUUUCAAAAUCUGAGAUGCAGAACAUGAUUUUAGAGUCGAAUGACUUCAUGAUUUAUACUAGAUUAGGUUCAUAUGACGUUGCUAAAGCAUUUGUUGAAUAUUUGAAGGAAUUGUUCAAAGGACAUGAAGAGAUGCUGAAGGAAUUUCUGUUGAAGAAAAUACUUCCAACUAAUUUUAAUAUUUUUGAGUACUUUGACAAUAUUGGAGUGGAUGAGUCAAGCCUGAAUGUCCAAUUGUUUGUAGAUUUAUUGGACUAUGUAGAAAAAUUGUAGAUUUUU